AUGGACACGCUGCCAACAUCGGCUCAAGACGACAGUUCGGGAGCUAAUCCCAGCGGUGUGAAGAGUGAUGACAGCAGUCCCCGGAAUGAGUCAGGCCGAGGUUCCCCGCCACCAAAUUGUGCAAUAUGUCUCGGCACAUGCAGAAACAAGUCAUUCACUGACACCUGUCUACAUGAAUUCUGUUUUAAAUGUCUACUUACCUGGAGCAAAGUGAAGGCAGUGUGUCCUCUGUGUAAACAAAAUUUUAGAUCAAUCAUACACAAUGUGCGCUCAAAUCACCAGUACGAUGAGUAUACCGUCGAGCAACAUCACACAGAGGAAAUUACCGAGAGGAUUGAUAUUGACAAUCUUACAACCACAAGGCGAUUUAGAUACAGGACAACGCUUACAUUACCGCGACGCGAAACUAUUGCUAUCCAGCAACUGUUGAUGCAUUACCCGUUAAUGGCGGACGUGUUCCCCUCCCCGCGCUCCCCCGCCGCCCCCGCGCCCUCCUCCACCGCGCCCCCCCUGCGUAGACGAUCACCAGCCUCCUUCAGGCGUUCAGUAUAUAGAUACAACCUCUGGGCCAGGCCGCUACCGGACUUCACUGGACGUUUCAGAGACUGUUCCCCGGAAUUCUACAGGUACAACGACUCACAGAUCCACAGACUGGUGCCCUGGCUGAACAGGGAACUGCACUAUCUAUUGAACGAGAAUGUUGGCCACAUCGCCUACGUGAUCGCUAGGAUAAUAGAGCUGCUCCCGGAAUAUCACAUCACGUCGUCGGAGUUCAGAGACAGGAUGAGGUCGUAUUUCGGGGACAGGACCAGGCACUUCCUGCACGAGUUGUACAACUUCGCUUCAACUCCUUACGACAUGACCGGCUACGAUCGGAACGUGCAGUACACGACCGACCCUCGCAUGUCCACUAUGGUGAAUGAAGUGAUCUCAAGCUCGGAGUCCGAGGGCAGCGGGGACUCGGACCUCGUGAUGAUAUCCAGUUCUGAGCCGGCCGAGCCUCCUCCCGGUCCUUCCAGGGUCCCGGCCCCCGUCUACCCCAACAACUACAUCCCCGAGCCCGCACCGAACAACGUCAUCCCCAUAGAGACCAUUUCUCAGUCCGACACCGACGAUGACUCGUCAGAAGUGAUGGUGGUCGGCUACAUCAAGCCUCCUCAGGACCGAACCCCGGAGGUCGUCGACCUGCUCGGCUCGGACAGCGACGUCAUAGUGCAAGAGACAUCAGAGCAGCCACAGAGCAACGAAACUCCAGAGAGAUCAUCCCCGCGCGUCAAGCUCACUAUGACCAGUGCGUCGCAUUCGAGGAGGGACAGUUCGGAUAGUGACGGCAGCGCGUACACGCCCUCCCCGCCGCCACACAGCAGCAGGCACGCGUCACAGGACAGCGACGCGACCUCUGAGAAGUGUUCGUCUUCGGACAUGUCGGACACCGCCAGGAGGUCCUCUCAGCCGUCCCGCACGUCAUCGUCAUCAUCUUCCUCGUCCUCAUCACCGUCGUCCAUGACCAGCUCCUACUACACGUCAUCCAGCGACUCAGAGUCCAGCGACGACAACGUCAAGAGGAAAAAGGCGAGACGAAAACUAACAGCCACCGAGAGGAACAAGAGAAACGCGAAGAAACGCCCGCAGCGGACGACCCACAAGAACAGGAAGCUCUCGAAUGUACAGGAAAGGAAACAGAGCAAACGGAAAUCACAGUCCGGCAAAGGGGUGAAGUCGUCCAAGAAACCCAGCGAGGUCGGUACAGAGGAGACUCCGACGGACUUGAACCAGCCGGGGACGAGCGGCACCGCGAGGAAUACGAGGAAACGAAAGUUAGAAGUGAAGAGACGCACCUCGAGCCGCGAGAGUAAAAGACUGAAGAGUGUUGUUAGUGUUAUAAAGGUCGCGGGGGAAUCAAGUUCCAGGUCCAACGUACAGUCCUCACACUUCAGCGUCGUCAUCCGCAACAACCGCGACUGUUCCGACUCGGAAGACGACAUCCCCCUUAAUCUAACCAUAACCAAGUCAUCGUCAUAG